AUUAAAAUACGCGUCGUUUGCUAUUUAGUGCGCGCGAAUUACGUUUGUUUUGUUGCAUUUACUCGUACUUUUGUUUAUUGUUUAUUAAAGUGAAGUAUAUUAAUUGCGCAAUGGAUUUCGAUAAUGCCAAGGAGAACAUACAGCCCUUGGCAAGUGGUCGAAACGUGAGCCUUCUGCAGGCCUCGCUCUGUCAAGACGCUUCGCAGGAGCUAAGUGCGCAGCGCAAGCAGCUGGAGCUGGACAUUAAGAACUACACUGGCGACGAUCCACUGGAGCCCUGGUAUGCGUACAUAUGCUGGAUAGAGCAAAGCUAUCCGGCGGGUGGCAGCAAUUCGGGUUUGCAAAAGGUGAUGCACAAAUGCCUAACAAAAUUCGAGGACGACGAGCGCUACAAGCAGGAUCCGCGUCUGAUUAAACUGUUUAUUAAAUAUAUGGGUAAUCAGGGCGAUCAGAUCGAGUGCUAUCAACAGAUGUAUAACAGUGGCAUUGGCACCAUGCUAUCCGAUUUCUAUAUAGCCUGGGCAUAUAGCUACGAUCUCAGUGGCAAUAUGCGUAAGGCAAAUGAAAUUUUUCGCUUGGGCGUUGAAUGCCGCGCCCAACCACUGGAGGAGUUGAAGGAGGCGCAACAGCAUUUUGGCUAUACUGUGGCUCAGCGUAUGCUCUACAGCGAGGGCGAAGAGACGACGGCUGUUACACAGGAGCUCAACGAUCGACGACGCGCCUUGCGCUCGCUGCACGGCCAGAAACGUAAGAAUACCAUUACGGUGGGCAGCGUGCGCACAGGUGCCGCCAUCAAAAGCAAUAUGCCAGGUGUAUUCCAGAGCUCUGCGCCCAGCACCAGUCGCGCCAGUCGCAAUGCCCAUCGUCAGCUGGAAGUGUUCAAUGAUGAGAAUGUGGAUGUGAAUAUGCCACCACCACCAGCUCCAGCCGCUGCUGAAGAAGAGGGCAAGACCAGUCUUCGUUCCAUUAUCGAUGCAGCCCGUCAUCAGGAGAAUUUGAAGGAGCCGAUUGCCUGGAGCAAGCCGCAUAAGCAUGGCAAAAUCUUUGGCUCCGCGGCACAACAUGAACCCGGCUUUGCCAUACAUGUGGAUGAGAAGUCGCUGCCGCCCAUUGUAGAUCCCGAUGGCAAUCAGGUGAAAGCCUUCAAGCCUCCACCCAACUUUAGGGCGAAGAACGUAAAGCAAGAUCCCUGGAUAACGCCCGUAACCAUUGAAGAUGAGCCGGAUAAAAAUACGCUACCUUGCUAUAACAAGUGCAUGCUCUAUCCGCGUCCCAAUAUGGAAUUCUCGGUCGAAGAAUAUCGCGCCUAUUGUUGGUUCAAGCGACGCGACAAUCAGCAUCCCUAUGUGCUGCGCAAUGCGUCCUGGUGGGCCAAUGACUGUGCUCUAGGCGUGCGUCGCUAUCCAAACUUUGCGAGUGUUUCGCAGCCCCAGCCACGCGACGAAUUGGAUGCCUAUUAUAAGCCGCCAAAUGUGCCAGCUUUAGAACCGCUGCUAGCCAAGAUCUACAACGAUGUGGAGCAGCAGGAAUAUCAGCUGGAAGAACUGCUCGUAGCUAAGAGGCCACAGAAGGGGGUCACAAAACUUGGUGUCAUGGAUAUGGAGGAGACGGUCUGUUUGCCAGGCGAACAAAUGCCGCGACGCAAAAGCUUCUUUCCCAAUACACAGCCGGGCACGAGUCACAAGUCGGUUAUGCGUGUUUCAUAUGUUUUGGAGGAGGAGGAGGAUGAGGACAAACAGGAUGAGGGCCAGGAGGAGCAGCUCAAAGUCGCUGAGGCGUCUGCAAUUAAAAUAUGGCAAGAUGACGCACCAGCUGCACCAGCUGCAGCUACUCCCCGGCCAACUCCUGCCACAUCGCGUGCUGCGGCUGUCGCAUCUGUUUCACCUGACGAUGAUAAGUUGGUGAUGCCACCGCCGCCCACGCUUAAAAUCGAGAUAUAUGAAGAUGAUGCCAACAUGCCACCGCCACCGCCUGCAGCUGCACUUAAGCCAACAGCCAGCGCCUUCUUCGAUGCAGAUGAAACAUGUUCGACGCAAAUGUUUAACGUAUUCAUUAAAUCGCAGGCGGUGAGCACGCCGAAGGCGUCACAGAAGCAGGCGCCAGCUCGUCAAUUUGGCACUUUGCUCAAGGCUUCGUCGCCAGAGGCAACAGCAGCAGUUGCUACAGCAGCGCCGGCUGCACCACUGUUGCCCCCUAGCGAUGAGCACGGCAGCGAGGCAGCUGCUCAGCCCGCUUCGCCUAUGCUGCGCAAACAACUGUCAACCAUAUUGGAAACUUCAGAGCAUGGCAUGGGCGCAACCACAAAGUCCACACUGACCAGCACCGCUUCGACCACAGCCUCCACUUCGCCUAGCUUGCAGGCAACUAGCCACAAAUCAGAGCAGGCGAUGGAAAAUACGCCCGGACCGACGCGUUUCCAGCGGCAAAUGGUCAGCGAGUUGUCCGUAGUGGGCGAAGAGCCAACGAUUGGCAGUGCGACUGUAGCCGCUGGAAACUUUCAACGUCUCGAGCUCUGGGAACCAAAUGCACCAAGUGUGCCGAUGCUGAAAUCUUUGCGCUUCCAGGAGGAUAAAACGGAAACGGUGACCAGGCCCUUGAUGGCCUGCUUUCAGGAAGAUAAAACCGAAACGUUGCCCAAGUUUCCAUUGACUCAACCGGACACGGCGAAUGCAUCGAAGCUGCAGAUGAUACAGCAGCCAGUGCCGGAGAUGCCAACGUCCUACGACGAGGAUGAUAUUUGCGGACUGUUCUCCAAGACGCCACCCAAGUUGAAGACAUUCGGCACACCACUUUAUGCUGGCAACUCCAAACGUAUUUGCAAUCAGGAGACGCCUGAGGUCUUCGGCAAAUCGAUGAAGCAACUGGAGCUGCCCAAGAAGAAUUCUUUUGAGGUCUUCGAAGAUGAUGGCUUUGCGUUGCCAGCCGUUAAAGCCAGUGUCGAUAAGCUAGCCGAAUCCUUUAUGGCAGAUCUGUCCUUUGUGCCGGAGACACAGUCGCAGGCGCCAGUGGAGGGCAAGAGUCAAGCAGGCAUGCAGAAGAAAUUUGAAAUCUUUCUAGAUGAGACUAUGCCGCCGCCGCCACCGCCGCCCUCUGUAGCGCCGCCCAUGAUGAACUGCACGCUGCCCGAGACGCAGUCGGACACGAUUGGCCCAGCACAUUUGACGGCAUCUUUUAUGAAGGACUUGAGCAGUUGUCCCAUGCCGCAGCCGCUGUCAACGAAUGCUCCAAAUUUUGAUAUAUUCCUAGAUGAAUCUCUGCAAAAUAUGCCCCCAUCUCCAGCCGCGCCGCCACAGGGCGUUGAAGCACUGGAUAAGCUGGAGACUGUGGGACCAGCUCAUCUGACCGCUUCCUUUAUGAAGGAUUGCACAGCGCUGGGCAACUGCCCAUCGACGCCAGGCAACACAUCCACAGCAGGUUCAAGCAAGCCAGAAAGGUCCAACUCACAGUCGGCCACAUCGUCAGCUGGCAAGGAUUACUUUGAACUGAAUGCAGCUACCGAGAUGUUUGCCAGCAACUUAAGCAUGAUCAAGAACUCCACGCUGUUGCCCAGCAAAGUGACAGCUGCGCCGUUACCAGCUGCAGCUGCCGCCUCCUCCUCUAUAUCCAUACCAAACGUUGUUGUUCAGGAACCUCCGCUAAAUGAUGAGCGCAGCAUCUACUACAAGACCACGCCGCUGACACCCAAGCUCUCGCAAAAUGCCUGGCAUGAGUCGGCCGCCAGUCCACGCUCGAAGAACUUCACACAUCGCAAGCCCAGCAUGGAUGAAUCUGUGCUAAAUAGCACGCUGGCUAGCAAAAAUGUGAAUCCAUUCAAUGUGGAUGUUAUUAACUCGUUGCUGGACUCCAUUGAGUUUUCGCUGUACAUCGAAAAGCUGCCCAAUUGCCAGCUUCAGGGCCAUGUGAAGCGUCUCAUGCCGCAGUCGACGCUGGAGGUGAACGGCGAACAGUUCGAGGUGCAAAAGAUUAUAGGCAAAGGAGCUUAUGGCUGCAUAUACAGUGGCAUUCACAGCAAGUCGGGCAAGAAGGUGGCAUUCAAGCAGGAGCGUCCCACCAACUACUGGGAGUAUUACAUAUGCCUCGAGGUGCAUUCGCGAUUGGAAAAUGAGAAAAUGCUACCCGCCUAUAUGAACAUCGAUUACGCUCUGGUGGGCAAUAAUAGCAGCGUCUACAUCUCGGAGUACUCAGAUUACGGCUCUUUGAUCAGCGUUUGCAACAAGUUCAAAAAACAUACGAAUAAAAAUAUGGAUGAAUAUGUUGUAAUGCAUCUGUGCUGCCAGCUCUUGGAUAUAGUCGAUCAUCUGCAUGCUAUAGGCAUUAUACAUGCGGAUAUCAAGGCGGAUAACUUUCUGCUAAUGCGACCUUUGAGCGCUGAUGCAAACGAGCUGAGUGUGCAAUUGAUAGACUUUGGUGUGGCGAUUGACACGAAACUCUUCGCGCCGAACCAGACGUUCGACUACGUUCACAACGAGGAGGCCUUCAAGUGCAUUGAGAUGCGAACGCAGCGCCGUUGGACAUAUCAAUUGGAUUUAUUCGGCUUGGUCGGCGUGAUACAUGUGCUGUUAUUUGGCCGUUAUAUGGAGGUAACACAGAGACAGCCGAGUGGCAUUUGGAUGCCAAAGACGGCAUUGCCACGUUAUUUCAAUCGUCAGACCUGGGAGUCCAUAUUCCGUACGCUGCUCAAUGUGCGCGAUUGUCGCAGCAUGCCCAAUUUACAGCAGCUGCGUACCAUGCUUAAGUCGGAGCUGGCCGAAAAGGAGAAAUUUGUUGAGGCGGCCAUAACUAAGUUCAAUUUGAUCAUGGAAAGACAGGGAUAGAAAUGUUUAACUAAUUGUCUAUAAUCUUAUAUAUAAAAUAUAUUUUAAAUUUUAGUUAUUAAAUUUAACUUAAUUUAUAUCUUCUGUCAAUUCACUUCGUUCAACCGUUAAGAGCGAGCUUGGCGUUGCCACAUUGUUUACAAAUUAUAAUUAUGGCAAUUUUUUGAAAAGCUUUGGUAUUUUAAAGUAGUAUUUUUUUUUAUUACCAACAAUAUAAAUUCUAAGCAAUGUGUUUAUGUUAUCUAAGAUUAAAUAUUUAAUAUGUAUGUUUAUUUGCUCAACGCAUAUCCAUUUUACCAACAAUUACAUGAUCCUUUUAA